AUGUGGCGAGUGGCCAACGAGGACGGCGAGCCGAUUGACCUCCUUGAUGCGACGCGCAAGUUCAUCAUCCGCCAGCCGAACCGCAAUGAGAACUACAAGACCCGUUCGAACAUCUCCCUGGUGCACGCCUUUGACUUUGAGACGACGGACAUGUUCUUCGUCAAGUUCGGCCUCUGCGUGGAGGGGAAGAUGAUGGCGGUGGGCGACGACGACGGCGACGCCUGGCUCUGGGACCUCGGCGGGCGGGGGCCGCAGGCGAUCGUCGGCGAGGUGCUGCCGGCGCCGGCAGUUGCCGGGCCGCGCUACGGCGGCACCGUACGGCGGCCGGUGCGCGAGUGCGCCAUCAAUCGCCAGGGCACGGCGCUGGUGACGGUGAUGGAGGGCGGCUUCAUUCAGCUGUACAGCAUUGGCAAGGCGCACGGCCCCGAGGCGCCACCCCACCCCGCACUGGCGGCCGCCUUUGAGGAGCAGCAGAGGAAGGAUGCGGAGGAAGAGGCAGCCACUGCGGAGGCGAAGGCGGCGGAGCGGGCGGCGGAGGCGGCCCGCAUGGCCUCCAACGUCGCCAUGAUGAAGUACGCGCUCAGCAACGCCCCCGGAACGCCGGCCCUCUUCCGCGAGCAGGACCGUCUGGAGGAGGAGGAGGCUGCGCGAAAGGCGGCGGAGGAGAAAGCGGCUGCAAAGGCGGCGGCCAAGGCUAAGAAGGCGAAAAGGUCGAAAAAGUCGGCAAAGUCGGCAACCAAGCUCGCAGUAUCAAGCCUGGCUUUAGCUUCCGUUUCCGCCUCUACGUCAAAUGAUGACCAAAGUGAGGGCUCGGCAGUGUUGCGUCAAAGUGAGAAGGAGGAUAAUAAGGUUGACACGGCUGAUUCAGCUAGCGAGGAAAAGACCACCACCACGACAAACACCACCACCAGCGGUUCUUCAGCAGCGGAGAGCACUGCUGAAAAGUCGAGUGGAGAGUCGGAAAUGGCAAUGUCGCAGUCCUCAUCAGCGGAGAAUGUCCAGGAUGAGCCCAUGGAGCAAAGCUAG